UUAACCCUCUCCGCGUCCGACCAGUUCCCGAAACCUCAAGUGGCAGACGUCUGGGAGCUGACUGGUCUGGGUUGCGCUAAGUCUAGAGACGCCGGAAGAACUGGGUUCUGGGGUUCGAGGCUUGGACGGGUUGGCACCCUAGCCGGGCGCUUGAUCAUCCUGGGACGGCCGCUGCACGCUGCGUAGAGGUCCCUGACAUCAACCCGUGGAUAAGCGUCGAGUGCGGGUUCUGGCGACAGUGUCAUGUGUACACUAACUAUAUAUGAAAACCACCUGCGUAUUUGUGCGUGAGGUGUUAGAUGGACAGGAAUGACCUUCCUCAUUCUUCUCCUGGCUUACUCUUAAGCCUUCCAAAACUCAGCUCCGAUGCUCCUCCUCCAGAACUCCUGAUCACAGACAUGAUUCCCUUUUUUAUCUACAGCGACUGGUUUCCCCCCCUCGCUUUGCGUCCCCAUCCCGGCUAGGCUGGGCCGGGAGGUCGGUAGGAAGCCUCCGGCUAGUGGCGAGACCCCGGUGUCCGGGCAGUGGGCUCUGCGGGGAGUUGGAGAUGUGCAACUAGAGGGACACUGCGACCCCUUGCCACCUGCCUCGCCACCCACCCACUGAAGUCCUAUCCACCCGCCACGGCCGCACCCACGCUACCUUGGGAGUCGCUCUAAAGUAGAGCCCCAGGGCUCAGAACAGCUGGGUAUGGGUACCAAGAAUGAAAGCCCUGAACCGGACUGCCAGGAACAGUUCCAGGCCGCAGUCAGAGUCAUUCAGAACCUGCCUAAGAACAGUGAGGGCUAUUACCGCCCCUCCUACGAAGAGAUGCUGCGAUUCUACAGCUACUACAAGCAGGCUACCAUGGGGCCCUGCCUGGUCCCCCGGCCUGGUUUCUGGGACCCCAUUGGACGAUAUAAAUGGGAUGCCUGGAACAGCCUGGGCAAGAUGAGCAGGGAGGAGGCCAUGUCCGCCUACAUCUCUGAGAUGAAGGUGGUGGCACAGAAGGUGAUUGAUACAGUGCCCCUGGGUGAGGUGGCAGACGACAUGUUUGAUUACUUUGAGCCCCUGUACCGGCUGAUCCCUGACAUGCCAAGGCCCCCGGAAACCCUCAUGAAAAGGGUCACAGAUUUAAAAGAGCAGGGCCUGAAUGGAGAUGCUGAGGCUAUCCCAGAGCCUCCCUGCCUCGCCAAGGAACCAGCACUCCCAAGUCCAGAGUCCCAGUCACCCAGAGACCUGGACUCUGAGAUUUUCUGUGAUUCCCUGGAGCAGCUGGAGCCUGAGCUGGUUUGGGGAGAGCAGAGGGGCACCCCUGGAGGAGAGCUGGGCACCCCUGGAGGAGAGCCGGGCACCCCUGGAGGAGAGCCGGGCACCCCUGGAGGAGGGUCUGACACCAGAAACAGUCCCUUGCCCCCCACAGGGAAAGAGGGGUUGAAGGGCAGCCCGCUGGGGCCCCAGGAAUUGGACACGUGGCUGGUGGGGACAGUUCGCGCACUUCAGGAAAGCAUGCAGGAUGUCCAGGGGAGACUGCAAAGCCUGGAGAGCAUGCCUGGUCCCCCCAUGCAGCAGAGGCCCCCAGCCAGUUCUCGGCCUUGGCCCUUCAGGCUGUCGGGUCCCACGCUGCUCUUCUUCCUCCUGUGGCCCUUCAUUGUCCAGUGGCUCUUCAAACAGUUUCGGACCCAGAAGAGGUGACUCUCAAUGAAGGAGUCUCUGCAGCCAACGGAGGAGGCUAUGAGCCCCCCCACCCCCACCCCCUCCUGUCCUGCUGUGCCCUGAGCCUUCCUAGGGUUUAGGAGAACAGCAUCAAUCCCCCACCCAUCACCACUAUUUAGUGUUUGCCUUGGCACCCUUUUCCUAUUGGGGGGCAAGAUAAGACCCCACUCUUCCUUGCAGCUUCACAAGGACGCUUCUCCCCUCCCCCCUCCCCCCUCCCCCAAACACCCAGGCUUCCUUGGGAGGCUGCACUUGUGGUGCAAGUCCCCGGUUCAGGGUUGGCCGGUGACUCGGAGGCGGGGCUGCCGGGUCUCAGCCUCUGCCCUCCCUACCCGGUGGGUCACCUGACUCUUCUCCUACCCCAGCCUCUCCCUUUGGAGGCUCAGUUCUUGGGCAAGUUGGGACUUGGGCCGGGACCUGGGAUUGGUUGGCUGGGAGGCUGCGGGAGGGAGGCCAGGAGGCCCGGCCGAGUUGGGGGAAGGCGGAGAGAGCAGGCCCCGGGGGAGGGGCGUGAGCUCCGUUUGCUGGCCUUCCUCUCGCCACACACACUCAGGACGUCUUCACUGAAGAUUCACUUACAAAUGAAUGUUUCACUAAAUAAAAUAAAACCUUAGUCUUC